AGAGUAUUUAAAGCCCCUCGAUGCGAUGUCGGCGACAGACUUGUGGAGACCACCAGUGACGCCACAAGAGCCGAACCUGCGGGACGACCACAAUGCUGCGCUUAUCGCUGUUGCUGCUAGGACUGCUAGCGGUGGUAGCCAUGUGUGCUCCACCUCUUGACAUGGCGCCUGCUGACGCACCACCACAGCCAGAUGGGAAUGGAGAGUCCCUGAACACCGCCGAAUCUGCAUGGGGCGGCUGGGGAGGCGGCUGGGGCGGCCGCUGGGGAGGCGGCUGGGGAGGCUGGGGCGGCCGCGGCUGGGGAGGCGGAUGGGGCGGCGGCCGCUGGGGAGGCGGCUGGGGCGGUCGCUGGGGAGGCGGCUGGGGACACUGGGGCUGAGCGGCCUCUUCCCGUCCUCACACCUGCUGCACCGUGACGUCACCGCCUGUAACCUGUCAUGCUUCUUAUCUCAAUAAAGUUCUCAUCAUAUAAGCUA